AUGGGGCGCAAGAAGAGCCAACGCAACAACCCCAAGAAGCGUGCGAUUCCGGAUGGCCGUUCGGAGAAGGGCCAGCCAACGCCGAACGGCCAGCAAAAACAGAAAUCCGAUUUUGCGAUGUCAACGAGCCCGACGUCGACCAGCGCCCCGACGGCCUCCACGACCUCGUCGCCGCCCACUGCCUCGUCGCCGCCCACUGACGCCGCCAUGCCGCCAGCCGCUGCCCCGUCUCCGCCCGCUGACGCCGCCAUGCCGCCAGCCGCUGUCCCAGCCCCGGUGUUCAGCGUCAUGGACGGUGUCAUCACGCGCAAAGGCCUUGAGGCAGCUGCCAAAGUCUACCUCGCGCAAGAUGAAGACGCGCCCGAGCUUCUCAUUGCGCGCAAUGUUCCUCUUGUGCGUUGGCUCAAGCACGGCUUGGACAACCGUCUCUUCAACGUCAUUUGGAGCUGCCGGUUUAAGGGCGACGCAGCAGACCCGACGACGCUGGCGUCCGUCUACAUUGUCCGUGCGAUUGGAAAGCCGCAUCAGCGUGGAGUCGACGAGCUCAAGGAAUUGAUCACUCCUCAGAGAGGAAACCAUUUGAUGGUUCGUACGGGCUUCGACCUUAUUCUGCCUGAACAGACGCGAGUGCCCGACUUGGCCGUCUUCCAGAAGUUUCGCGACAGCCGGUGCACCGAACCGUGCAUGGUCGUGGAGCUCGAGCAGAACAACCGCAGCUUUCCGCGCUCCGUUCGGUGGCUGGUCGAGUACUUUCGACUGAUUCCAUCUCUUCGGACCGCGGUUGGCAUCAAGAUCUUUGGCCCGCAGCGUGGCAACGCGCGCCAGUUUGGCGCCAUCGUCGUCAUGUUGAGCCGCGCGGCUGGGCAUGCACCGCAGCUUGUGCACGUGGCCAGCAUCGGCACGGCGCCACUGACACGCCAAGCUAUGCCCAGCAUCGUUCGCGUGAUUGGACAAGACGCUGCGAAUGCGAUGCCACACUUUGAAGCCAACAUUGCUCACGAGGUCGCGCAGGGGCACCUCGAGUGGCAGCUCGAUCCGGUCGCCCGCCCCGUGCUGCACAUUACGAUCGCAGACCUGCUCUACUUGGACGACGCCAACCUCCUCGCAGGCGCGCCGCCAACGAUCGAGCACCUUGAGAUCGAUCUCUACAAGGUCGUCUUUGCGGUACAAGAAGCCAUGCAACCAACAGUGCGAGCGGUUCAGCCUGUUGCUGUGAUGGCGGCGGAGCCUGGGACAUUGCCCGGGAUGUUGGCGACGUACUGGGACCAGCCUAUGAACGAGGAUGAGGACGCGGAUGAGGACGAGGAUGAGGACGAAGACGAGGAUGAGGACUAUUGA